AGCUAUCGCCGACGCUAGUGAUGCACUUUGACAAAGUUCUGACCGCGAUAGUGGACGCGAAGGCUGCCGCGAGGCAUGACUCGGAGGAGACCAAGCAGAAGAAAGCCGACCAGGCGGCCUCGCACUCCGCGAUGGGGAUGUGGGCCAUCAACCAGGGCAACGCCCGAUGCGGGCCGAGCGCGAAGGUUACAUCAUUCGAAGAAGCUGUUGCCGCCGACAACAUCGCGUUGGGUUCCCGCUCCGGUGCAGCGGCCGGUGGCCGUGCCAGCGGUCGGGUGAGUCCGGCCAGCAGCAUCGGGGGGGCGAGGCCCGCGUCGGAGGCUUCGGCGGGUGGCGCUGCCAGCGGUCGAUCGAGCCCGACCAUGAGUACGGGCGGGCUAGACGACGACUUCUCGCCCGCGGGGAGCGGGCCAUCGAGGAAGGUUCCACCGCUUGGCGACUUGGUGAAGCACAUGGGGUCGCUGACCAUUCCGAUGCUUGCGGAAAGUGCCGGGGUCACCACGGAGGAGGCGGACUACUUCCUCAACACGGGCUUCACGCCCGACGAAGUUCAGCCGGAAAGGGCCGUGGCCAUGAUGGUGGUACUACUCGACGCAAGGCUUUGUAUCCAGCGCGACGGAGACAGCGUCCAGCAGUACAUGGAUCGUCUUGGUGAAGAGGAUUGUGAGCUGCCCGGGUUUGAUGGGUUUGACGAGUCGGUCAUGUUUAAACUGCUCGAGCUCUACGGCGUGGAAAAAAUGGACUUCCACAGCCUGCCGGAUGCGAAUUGGUUUCACGGCGGAUGGCCGAUAGAUCGUGUUACGCCGGACAAGGUGCUUCAGGUUACGAAGCGGGUGGCUUCGUUGUUGGUGCUCGGCGCCGGCGUGACGAACUCCUGGCUGUCCGCCGCCGGUCAGACAUCCAGGCCCGGUUCUGCAAGAGUGGGGGGUGCGCACGCCAUGUCAGGCAGCCACGCUUCAGGGGGGGCGAGUGGACCUUCGGGAAACCGUGGAAGGAAGCCCCGUGCCAAGACCAAUAAGCUCGCCGAGGAUGGGCUAGAUAGGGAGGUGCUUACCUACCCUGGUGCCUCUCUUGCGCCCACGUGUCCCAGCUUCAUGGAGCGACAGGUGGCUGACGCUCGGGCACUCGCCGAUCAGAAACGUGGAGAGGACGAGAGGAGGCGGGCGGCGGAAGCUAAACGAGAAGUAGGGAGGAGGCAAGAGCUCCUGGACAUGAUGGCCCACGAGAGGGCAAUGCGGGAAGAUGAAAGGAAACACGACAGACAAGAGCGUGAAGUGGAGAGGGCGGCUGCACGGGCAGAGCAAAAGGCAGAUCGUGAUCACCAAAUCAGGAUGAUGCAACUCCAGGUAGACCUGGCGAAGGCGAAGGGCAACAAUAACUAGCUAGCUGGUUGGGGUUGCUGUUGCUGCAGUUGCUAGGGCAUGCGUUGCAUGUUUUUUUUUUUUUUUCAACAACAGGCUCUUCAAAAAAUAUCGUGGCGUCCGUUGCGCCUUGCGUGUUUUUUGCUGGGGGGCUUGUCUGUUCGGGGUAGGGAAAAAUGGGAAAAGGUUUUCGCCCUUGCUGCUGCUGCAGUUGCCAGGGCAUGCGUUCCAUGUGUUUUUGUUUUUUUCAACAGCAGGCUCUUCAAAAAAAUAUCGCGGCAUCCGUUGCGCCUUGCGCGUGUUUUUCGGGGGGGCUGGCCUGUUCGGGGUAGGGAAAAAUGGGAAUGGGUUUUCGCCCUUGCUGCUGCUGCAGUUGCCAGGGCAUGCGUUCCAUGUGUUUUUGUUUUUUUCAACAGCAGGCUCUUCAAAAAAAUAUCGCGGCAUCCGUUGCGCCUUGCGCGUGUUUUUCGGGGGGGCUGGCCUGUUCGGGGUAGGGAAAAAUGGGAAUGGGUUUUCGCCCUUGCUGCUGUUCCAGUUGCUAGGGCAUGCGUUCCAUCUGUUGUUUUUUUUUUCAACAGCAGGCUCUUCAAAAAAAUAUCGUGGCAUCCGUUGCGCCUUGCGCGUUUAUUUCGGGGGAAGCUUGCUUGUUCGGGAGAGUCCUUUAUCAGGAGGAACAAUUGAAAAAUGAAGUUGGCAUCCAACAAGUGGCGUCUGUCUUUUGCGCAGCCGCACGAUACAUUCCGUACUUCCCCUAUGCAUCCGCUCGCGUUUGCCCACAUAAUCAAUGACCAGCAAGGAGGAGACGACUUCUUCGCACCAAACAAUUUACCUCCCAAGAAUUUAACUGUUAAAACCCUCCAAACUAACUGUCCCCAAAAACCGCGGCAUCCGAUUGUUACGCAAUGCUUAUACGCCCGCACGAUAUACAUACGCCGUCCGUGCUUGCCCUCUGCAUCGCCCGCGUUUGCCCACCUAAACGACCAAGGAGAAAAAAUAAUCUUGGCGCUGAUCAUUCGAAACUCACCUAAAAUUGGAAAGUCUAUCAUGCGCGACUUGCUCACGCCAGCAAGCGGCUAUUUGUCUAGGUUUACGCCGGGAACACCGAAGAGGCCUAGAAUUCUCACACAACGUGGGUGCAUCUUGCAUUUACAUCGCUACGUACUCCUCGAAAGUGGGUGGCACCGCGCCAACGUAUUGCGAAAUCUCGUUGCCCCCGUUCAUGCAUGAGUGCCAGUUAGAAAGCAGAGUGGCUACCCGGUACUGCUUGGCGACAGGGCUUAGCAAGAAUUUCUGCUGCGGCUUCAUGCUCACAAAGGCCCACUUGCCGGUCAUCUCUUUGAAUCCCCACUCCACCGUUACGCGGCAGUGGCUCAUACGCUUGUUGAAGUCGGCCAUCUCUGGCGUUAGAGGGCCGACACUUGACGCGCUAAAAGGACAGACAAGGUGGUUGCUCAGCCCAUACGCCGGAUCUCCGUACAAACAGUACGGAUGGCCUGGCUGUUUAGCAUCGACAACUUCUCCAUCAACCCAGACUGCGCUAGAAUAAAGCUGUCAUGGCGUGUCCCCGCCACGGGGCCCCACAGAUCCACAAAUAGCCCGUCUGGUGUAAUUACCCCUUGGAACUUCAUUGCGUGCUUCCUCUUGUGCCCAUUGUAGAACAGUCGCUGCCAGUACUUGGGCCUGCGAAUCAGUUUUGGGCGUACGGAAGGAUGGGCCACCAACAACACAGGUCAAGACAUACACCCAACAGUCCCAACAGUCAGUGCNAACCCAACAGUGCUGCUGUAUUUCAUCAUUCUGCUAGAACUUCAUCGCAUGUGGCAACCUCGUGGUAAAUCGCAAUCAAUCAUGUGCAUGGGCAACCACACGACAGUUCCUCACAGAUGAACAUGUGGUCUAAGAGAGUGCGUCGCAAAACUCGAGGAACGUACAAGAUGGCCUGCUGAUGCUGCGUUGGAUACGCGGCGGGAACAGCAAUCCGCGGGGGGAAUCACGCAACUUCUGUCUGCGGUAUGUACCAAAACGCCAGAAUCCGUUAAGUCGGACUUCACCUUGCAAUGCCACGCACGGUGCCAUCGAUAAAUCCCCAACAGUGAGUGAGAGGACAGCCGGAGUUGAAGAUUGCUUCCGCAAACUCGAUCAGGUGCGGCUGCAGGCGUGCCACGUCGAGGGACAGCAGAUACCCCCACCUGAAGUCUAGAAAAUGCAGCAUCCAGUUGAAGGCUUCGCAGAUACACGAUUCGCUCAGCCCGAAAACCAAGCGCAUGUCCUUCAGGCGGCAUGGGAANGGGCGUGCCACGACGAGGGACAGCAGAUACCCCCACCUGAAGUCUAUAAAAAUGCAGCACCCAGUUGAAGGCUUCGCAGAUACACGAUUCGCUCAUCCCGAAAACCAAGCGCAUGUCCUUCAGGCGGCAUGGGAAAGCGAGCCGAUACAGGACCACGCACAGAGCCUCACGUCCGCUUACCACGAACCCACAGUCAGUUCGAAUGAACGCGGGGAUCAACAGCAGAUCCAGCAUCAGCAUAACCUGCAUCACGUGACACCACACAGGAAAGCAAAGAACGAUGUGUUACUUGUUAUUCCAGUGCACACCACCUCUCCGUUGGCUUGUGGAUCUAACAUAGCACAGUGGCUUGACGCACCCAGAACGGCUAACCCCCCGCGACCCACGGGAUGCUGACAUAUCUACUGCUGCUGCUGUUGAACGACAUACUGACACCCUGCUGCUGCUGCUGCUGAUAGCCGGAGUACACAUGUCCAAGCCACAGCAACGAUACCUUUUAGCUGCGACAUGCACUCACUUGCGAUUGCGUGAAACAAAGUUGACGCAGUCCUGUGGGCUGAAGAAUGCUGUCGCGUCCCUACGUGCGAUACUCGUGGGCGUGUCGUCGAGUUCCAGGCGGGCCAUCGCGUAG